AUGUCGGAAUCACAGUCGACUGGCAGCGAUGCCUCGGAUAAGAAGCAGAAGUCGACCGGGUUUACGCCCGGGGACGAUAUUCUUACUCACUUCCGGAAUAUCUACGCAGGCAUCACAGGAAAGAUGACCCCCGAGGGUGUCGAACAGUUCCGGCUCGCAAGAGACCUUCGAAAUGAAGAAGCAGACUGCAGGAGAUGCGAGUCGCAGCGGGAUUACCUACUGAAUUAUAGUCCGAUCAUACGGUUCCUUCAGGAUAAUAUCAGACAGCUUGGAGGAGAUAUAUCUUCGAAGAAUAUCUAUUGUCGGCGGUGUACGGCCCGAAGGGGCGGAGGGUUUGAUCCUGAGUACGGAAUUCAGAUAUGCGCGAAUGCAAUGAAUAGUCAAAGUCAGCUUGAGGACACCUUAGCUCACGAGAUGGUGCAUGCCUACGACCAUCUGCGAUUCAAGCUCGACUGGGUGGAUAACUUGAAGCAUGCAGCUUGCGCGGAGAUACGAGCAAGUUCGCUGAGUGGAGAAUGCAGAUGGGCCAAUGAAUUCUUUGGAAGGCAGGAGUUCAAGCUGGCAAACCACCAUCAAGAAUGCGUCAGACGAAGAGCCGUGAUGUCUGUACAGGCUAGGCCUGCAUGCAAGAGCAAGGAACAAGCUUUGAGAGUAGUGGAUGAAGUAUGGGAAAGCUGCUUUCGAGAUACACGACCAUUUGACGAAAUAUACCGAUAA